AUGGGGAGUGAAAGUAGUGUGAAGCUUCCACCUGGGUUUUACUUUUCUCCAACGGAUGAAGAACUAGUUCUUCACUUUCUAUCUUCCAAGGCUUCUCUACCAUAUUAUCCUAACAUCAUACCUCAACUCAACUUGUCUCAACAUCAUCCUUGGCAACUAUACGGUAAAGCAUUAUCAAGUGGAAAUCAACACUACUUUUUCACCGAAGAGAAGGAAAAUAGAAGCACUGAAAAUGGACAUUGGAAGGAAAUUGGGGUCACAAAACCUAUAAAUAAAUUGGGAAUAAAGAAGUAUUUUGUGUUCAACCUUGGCGAAGGAACUGAAACCAGUUGGAUAAUGGAAGAGUAUCAUAUUUCUGAAUCUGAAUUUCCGGAAAGACCAAAUUCGGAUGAGAGUUGGAGCAAAUGGGUUUUAUGCAAAGUGUACGAAAAGAAGAUGUCACAACAAGGUGAAAGCUGUUGUUAUAGCGAUGAUGAUGAUGAUAAUGGAUCAGAGGUCUCAUGGCUAGACGAAGUUUUUAUGUCAUUAGAUGUAGAUGAUCUUGAUCAAACAAGCCUACAUAAUUAA